AUGGCCAAGACUCCUUGUUGUGAAAGGAUGGGAAUGAGGAAAGGACCAUGGAGUGCUGAAGAAGAUCAUAUAUUGAUUUCUCAUAUUCAAACACAUGGCCAUGCAAACUGGCGUGCCCUUCCUAAACAAGCUGGUUUGUUAAGGUGCGGUAAGAGUUGCAGACUUCGUUGGAUAAACUACUUGCGACCAGAUAUCAAACGAGGGAAGUUUAGUGAGGAAGAACAAGAUUCUAUCUUAAAGCUACAUCAAAUUCUUGGAAAUAAAUGGUCUACUAUUGCAGCAAGGUUACCGGGAAGAACAGAUAAUGAAGUAAAGAAUUUUUGGCAUACACAUUUGAAGAAAAGGGUCCAAAAUGCUGAUAUUUCUAGUUACUCAUAUACUUUGAAAUUGCAAGAGGCACAAGCAAGUGAUGGUUCUAGUGGUUUAGGUUCAAGUAAGGAUUCAUCUAUUGUCUCUUGUGAUACUAAUUUAGAAGAAAAUAUGGAAAAUCAUGGUUCAUGUCAGAUAAGUGAAGAAAUGGAAUUUUGGUAUAAUGUGUUUAUCAAAUCAGGACAGAAAUCAUGA